AUGCGGCCACUCAUUUUUUUCGACCUGAACGGUGCAGCAAAGUCUCCUAGGGAAACAAGAAAGCACACCCGCAGACAGAUAAUAAAAUGCUGUGGAUACAAAUCGUGCACCAACCCAGGGCCAAGAAAGUCAAAGCAAAACGUCACCGAGGGAUUUAAAACAUCGUCGCUAAAAACUUCCACAUUCACGCCCAAAGACGAAAGAGAAACAGAGAUUACCAUCAGCAGUAAAGAUAUUGAAGAGCUACAAUCAGAACCUUAUUCAACAACAGCAUUCUCGGCAUUGAACAACAGUUCUAAUGAACCAGAAUCCCCAACAGAGAAAUUAUUUUCUUCCACCAGUAGUGAUGUUGUCACAUCACAAGUCUUCGCUCAUUCAACUGAACCGACGUCUACCUCAACAAUGGAUACAACCUCUAUACCAGCAACAAUGAACCCAACUACAAUUAUUGCAUCAUCCAGCACCAUUGCCACUAACAAUAAGGGGACGAGUAAAGCUUUACUCUCCUUAAUUGCAGCAUCAUCAACACAUCAGAGAACAACGUUAACAACUCCAGUUUUGACCGAAUUAUUUUUUACAACGUCAUCAAUCUGGUCUACCAAAGAAGUGAAGUCAAUCGCAACAACCUUAACACCAUUGGUUACGACAAAAUUAUCGUCUUCAACUACGAAAACAAGAGCAACAACCUUGACGACAACCCAACCUUCAACAACAACUCCUGCCCCAUCUUUAACAGUACGAUUUUUUACAUUUAAAUUUUUUCUAUAA